AUUUGAAAGAAACAAAAGGGUUUGGUUAACUUUUUCAGAAAGGAGAAUUGAGAGAGAUGGAGGAAGAGUUGCUCUCCGCCGUGCCUUGCUCUUCCCUCGCCGUCGAGUCAGUUCUCCGCGUUUCCACGGCCGGUGGAUUAUAUGGGUUUUGCGCCGGACCUCGUGACGCUCGUAGAAUAGGUUUAAGCGGCCUAUCUCAGGCUUCUUAUGUGGCAAAAUCCGUUGGCAGAAUCGGGUUUCAAUGCGGUAUUGUAAGUGGUAUUUUUACUAUGACCCACUGUGGUCUUCAACGAUAUCGAGGCAAGAAUGAUUGGGUGAAUGCUUUGGUCGGAGGAGCUGUGGCAGGAGCAGCUGUUGCUAUUGGGACAAGAAACUGGACCCACGUUGUUGGCACGGCUGGGCUCGUCUCUGCUUUUAGUGUUUUGGCUAAUUGCACCAGGACUGAUCUGAAACAACUCUAAGGUCUCAGACAGGACCAUUCAUCAAGAAGACACUGUGUCUUGGAAUUGAACGUGGGAGAUCACACCGGACUCUCUGGUUCAUACACAAAUUUAGUUGGCUGAACCAGUGUGUAGUCGGUUUUCUAUACACCACAAUUUGGUCUUGACUUUGUAUUUGAUAUAUUUUUAAAAUGAAAGUGAAACACAAGUCAUGUCCAAACGAAAACCUCAUUCACAUCAAUAGUGACUGAUAGGCCAUUAGCCCAUUAGUAGUGGGAAAAUGUAUAAUGUUUUUACUUUGUAAUCAAACAUCAAAGCUGAUAAUACUAAAUCAAAUGAAGU